GUAGUAGUAGUCUAAUAAAGAGGUAUCUGAAGAAGUGUGCAUGCACACGAAAGCUCAUACCUAUGGCAAACUUAGUUAGUCUCUAAGGUGCUACUGGAAGGAAUUUUUUUUUAUUUUUUGUUUCUAAUAGAGAGGAGUACAGGAAGUUUUCACAAAGACAAUACUAUGCUAGUGAAACUGACUUUGCUUCUGUUAAGAAAUGCUUUGAAGUCCCCAUCUGAUCAUAUGCAGUAGACAUGAAUGCCUUUAAGGCUCACAGGAGUUCACUACAAGGGCAUGAAGGGAAGCACUAUGCUGCUUGCAUUACUAAAGAACCUAUUGCCCAAUUAGUGCCACGACUGCCAUGAACCUGGCAGUUAACAAAAAGACCAAAUGAGAAAGCACAGCUUUAAGAUGACAAAGCUCAUUAGUGGAAGAUCAAUCCAAGGGCAUGCUUGAACAACUGCCCAGUACUCACACAGGUCUCCUCAUUGAGCAAGGUUAUUGCUAGGAGUUGGCAGAGGUAGCUUAGAAACCUAUAGAUUACAUAACGUCAUUUUUGAGGAGAAUUUCUUUUUUUUAAGGGAUGCUUUAAAUAAAUGUUUUACAUCUGUCCAAGACACACUAGUCCCAGCUCAUUGUAUAGUACAGCAAUGGGGAACUUGGGACCUUUCAGAAGUUGCUUGAUUACAACUCCCAUCAGCCCCAGCCAGCAUGGCCAACAGUCAAGGAUGAUGGGUGUUGUAGUCCAACACCACCUUGGAAGGUAUCAUGUUGGGUACAUCAUUUAGCAUCCUGUAUUUUGUCUGUAUCUAUGAAUAAUCUAAAAUGUCAAGCAUUUGCACAACACAGGAAGCCAAGCUUUACAAUCCCUGUGCGCCUAGUAAGAUUACACUGGGUGCAAUGAGUGUGUACAUAACUUCAGAUGAGAUUGUGGGGGUUUCCAAUUCAGAUUCAGUUGCUGUUCCAACUUUUAUAUUCUUUGCUGUAACUUGAAGUCACUGCUACCUGUCCCUUUUUCAGUGGCUGCUGGUAAUACCAAUAUUGAAAUUGUUCCAGGCAUCUUGAAAUCUCUCUAUUGAGAAAGGAAGGGCAGAAAGGGGAGGUGUUUGGAAAGAGAGGAAGCUGAAAACAUAGGAAGCUGCUACCUGUAAAAGCUGUGUCAGCGAGCUGAAAUCAUGGGGCUUUCUCCGUGUUUAGUCAUCAUAGACCACAGCGUAUGAAGUCAAGUGUUUCCUACGGAAGUCCAACCAAGGUCCUCCACUUUCACAAGUGAAACUUGAAUUGCUGCAUCUCAUUGACAAGACAUUAGAAUUUGUACAACCCAUGAUGUGCCCCAGAUCAAUUGCCACCAGUGUGUCUCCUGAAAAGCAUUUGACCUGCAAAUCGACAAUAAUAAUGGGGUCUAACAUGUCAUAUGUGAAGCUUCCAGAUCAUCAUCAACAACUGGGUCAAGGCAACAGUAUUUUAGCCAACUGUUCACAAGAUCUACCUGGGAAUUCUACCAGUAAUGAAUUCACAACCAUUGUCUUACCUGUUCUUUACCUCAUCAUAUUCCUGGCUAGCAUCUUACUGAACAGCUUGGCUGUAUGGAUUUUCUUCCACAUCAGAAACAAGACCAGCUUUAUCUUUUACCUCAAAAACAUUGUGGUUGCAGACUUGAUGAUGACCCUGACAUUUCCGUUUAAAAUCAUCCAGGACUCAAGGCUGGGGCCAUGGUACUUCCAUUUUUUCCUGUGCCGUUAUUCGACUGUUUUGUUCUACGCCAACAUGUACACGACGAUUGUGUUCCUUGGGCUCAUUAGCAUCGAUCGUUAUCUGAAAGUGGUGAAACCCUUUGGGGAUUCCAGGAUGUACAGCAUCACUUUCACCAAGAUUCUGUCUGCGUGCGUUUGGAUCGUCAUGGGAUUUUUAGCCUUGCCAAAUGUGAUCCUUACAAAUGGUCAUGCGACUAGGAAAAACAUAGGUGACUGUUUAAAGCUAAAGAGUUCUCUGGGAGUCAAAUGGCACAGAGCUGUCAUUUACAUCAACAACGGCAUGUUUGUCGUUGUACUGGUAGUAUUGAUAGGGUGUUACAUUGAAAUAUCAAAGUAUAUCUACAAAUCAAGCAAACAAUUUACCAGUCCUUCAAGUCGCAAACGGAAGCACAACCAAAGCAUAAGGGUGGUCGUAGCAGUGUUUUUCACGUGUUUCUUGCCAUAUCAUUUGUGCAGAAUACCUUUUAUUUUUGGCCACUUAGAUAAACUUUUGGACGAAUCAGCACACAAAAUCCUGUACUACUGCAAGGAAGUGACACUUUUCCUCUCUGCGUGCAACGUGUGCCUAGAUCCAAUCAUCUACUUUUUCAUGUGUAGAUCAUUUUCAAGGAGGAUGUUUAGGAAAUCAAACAUGCGAACGAGGAGCGAAAGCAUUAGAUCGCUUCAUAGUGUUAGAAGAUCGGAGGUGCGGAUAUAUCAUGAAUAUGUUGAUCUGUGACGCUGAAGAUGACGAGAUGGACAUUCCGUCCCAUAUUUGUAUCCGUGUAUUUGUUAUUUGUAAAUAAUAAAGUAUUUUUUUUUGAUUAUAACAAAUGUCUGCUGUUUUUCAUGUUGUUCCGCGUACAAGGGAGCCAUGCAGAAUAUAGCAGAGUAACCAGGCCUUUGACUUAAUCUAGUCUAGACUGUUACAAAUGUUGUGCUGUGCCAUCU